UGAGAAGGUUUCCUCGGGCGCUGUAUCUUCAAUAAUAAGCACCUAUAAAUCCCAAAUACCCUUCUUCCUCGAUAAUGAGAACCGAUUCCUAUUUCCUGAUAAAGAAAGGUUAUUACCAGAAAAAGUGCUGGAGGAAUCUACUGAUGAUAACAAUGGAAAUGACACUUAUGAUUUUAUUGUUGGAAUUGAUUUUGGUACCAGUUUCUCUGGAUGUUCUUAUGUCAAACUCAAAGAUAAGGAUGGAAAACCUGUGACUGAAAAAAUUAUCAAGACUAUAAGUAAAAAGUGGCCAGGAAACUGUCUAAAUAAGCACACUAGAGCACCAACUUCGUUAAUUUACGAUAAAAAUAUGAGGCCGGAAUAUUGGGGCGAAGAAGCAAUUCUUAAAGCCACGCGUCAUAAAGAUCGCAAACUUUUGAAAAAUUUUAAAAUGUUUUUAUGUCCAUAUUCUAUGGAGGGUUUUUAUGGUAUGACUUAUGAUCCGCAAAAUCUGAAAGAACAAGUAGAAUUUGCUGAUGACGGAACUACAGAAAACAAAGUGAAUGUGAUCAGAGUUAUUGCUGAUUAUCUCAGGCGCUUUCAUCAUCAUUCUAUUAAAUACAUCCUUGCUGAAGAAAUGGAUGAAAUAUAUUCAUUUUUUAAUAGGACAGAGCUUUUGGAAAAAUACAAGAUUAGAUAUGUGAUUACUGUACCUGCCAUGUGGAAUUCUUUAGCACGUGAUAGCAUGGUGCAAGCAGCAAUUGAAGCUACAAUGAUUAAAGAAAACGAGGUCAACCAGCUUCUUAUAAUCAGUGAGCCCGAGGCAGCGGCAUUGUACUGUGAGAAGAAAUUUACUGAGCACUUAAAUAGUCUGGAAGGGAAUAUAAACGAUACAAAUUUCAUUGUAUGUGAUGCUGGUAGUAGAACCGUGGAUUUAGUUACUUUUAAUUUGCAAGUCAAUGAAAAAAAAGAAUCGAUGAUUUGUCAAAUUGGUGACGGUGUUGGUGAUACAUGUGGCUCAACUUAUCUUGACCCUGAUUUUAUGCCUAAUUUGCAAGGAGACACUUAUUAUGACAUCGAUUUGCCUGGGAAGGGGAUUAUAAACUUUACUGGAGAUUCUACCUACAGAAUGGCUAAUGGGAAUAAGACGCUGAGAAUGAAGAACCAAGAUAUGAAAGAAAUAAUAUUCGACCCUAUAGUUAAUCGUAUUUUUGCCCUCAUUGAUGAUCAAAUUAAGCAGGCCAGCAAAAUGGAUAGUAAAAUUGACGCAAUUUUGAUGGUUGGUGGCUUUUCCCAAUCCAGAUACCUACAGAAGCGCAUCAAAGACCAAUAUAAGGGUGUUUGUCAUGUCAGCGUUCCGUUCGAAGGUGUCACGGCUAUAUCUCAUGGCGCUGUUUCUUACGCUUUGAAUCCCCGUAUGAUAUCAAAAAAAUCUGCCGGACAAUCCCUUGGGUUAGAAGUACAAGCCCCUUUCUAUAAAGAAUUGACUGAUUCAGCAGAGAAAAAAGUUAUUGGUCCAAACGGAGUUGCUUUUGAAAGAGGUCGCUUAGAUUACUUUGUAGAAAAAAAUCAACAACUGGAAGGCGAUCGACGAACGGUAUAUAUGAAAGAUGUAUUUGUUCAAUACCCCAGCGCUGCAAUUAUAGCAAUCUUCUCUUGUGACUCUAGAACAGGUGCUAAUGAUAGAUAUGUUACUGACAAUCACGCUAAGAUAAUGGAAACCAAAAUCAUCAUGCCGUCUGUCAACAAGAGAGACGGAGACCUAGUCAAAUUCAAAGUUAGUCUUCAAAUAGAGCAUAUCGGGGUCAGUGUUACUAUUGAAUGUCAAGAUCCACAUAUCAAUGAGGAAGUUCGAAAGAUCACUAAAAACCAAAGGUCCUCUCUUAAAAUUAAACCCAAAUACAGCCUUAAUGUGGCAAGCUCAAAACAGUCGUUGGCCUCAUAUUCUAAUACUGGCUAUCUUUUCAGUAUUACAGAGACCUCAUAA